AAGUGUUGCGGCGACCCCGGAAGUCCCCGCCGGGUGCAGCUUGGUCGGUUCGAUCGCCGCCGGGACCUGACACCGCCCGGAGUUGGCGUCCCUUCUCCCUCUCCGAGUGCUGCUCCUGUCAUUGUGGCCAUGGACGAUACCCUGUUCCAGUUGAAGUUCACGGCGAAGCAGCUGGAGAAGCUGGCCAAGAAGGCGGAGAAGGACUCCAAGGCGGAGCAGGCCAAAGUGAAGAAGGCCCUUCUGCAGAAAAAUGUAGAGUGUGCCCGUGUGUAUGCCGAGAACGCCAUCCGCAAGAAGAACGAAGGUGUGAACUGGCUUCGGAUGGCGUCCCGCGUAGACGCAGUGGCCUCCAAGGUGCAGACAGCUGUGACUAUGAAGGGGGUGACCAAGAAUAUGGCCCAGGUGACCAAAGCCCUGGACAAGGCUCUGAGCACCAUGGACCUGCAAAAGGUCUCCUCAGUGAUGGACAGGUUCGAGCAGCAGGUGCAGAACCUGGACGUCCAUACAUCGGUGAUGGAGGACUCCAUGAGCUCGGCCACCACCCUGACCACGCCGCAGGAGCAGGUGGACAGCCUCAUCAUGCAGAUCGCCGAGGAGAAUGGCCUGGAGGUGCUGGACCAGCUCAGCCAGCUGCCCGAGGGCGCCUCUGCCGUGGGCGAGAGCUCUGUGCGCAGCCAGGAGGACCAGCUGUCACGGAGGUUGGCCGCCUUGAGGAACUAGCCAUGCCCCGCCGGCGUGCGCCGCCUCUGCCCCGUGAUGUGCUGGAAGGCUCCUGUCCUCUCCCCACCGCGUCUUGCCUUUGUGCUGACCCCGCGGGGCUGCGGCCGGCAGCCACUCUGCGUCUCUCACCUGCCAGGCCUGCGUGGCCUCAGGGUUGUUCCUGUUCUUUUAGGUUGGGCAGUGGGUCUGUGUCCUGGUGUUGAGUUUCUGCAAAUUUCUGGGGGUGAUUUCUGUGACUCUGGGCCCACAGCGGGGAGGCCAGGAGGGGCCCUGUGGACUUUCACCCAGCACUGUGGGGGCCUUCAGACUCUGGGGCAGCAGACAUGCUGCUUCCCGUCAGCCAGAGGGGGUCAGGGCUGCCCUGUUGCCAAACAACUCCCUGAGGCCUCUCCGCACCACCUCAGCGGGCAGGACGUCCCACCAUGUGGACAGACAUAGCCCAAGGAGGCACCACAGGCCUAUGUGUGCUGGGGGAUGUCAGGUGCCACCCAACGCUGUCCUGGUGGUAUUUACAAUGACAUCCUCCUCCUCCAUCAUUCCAGGGGUGGGGUCUCAGCCGCCCCUACUAGCUGGCUGAGCCCCCUGGCCUCCUGCGCUCCCUCACUUCCCUCAGUUCCCAAAGCUGCCCAGUCCAUGGGGACAGAACCGUCACUCAGAUCCACAUUCAAGUGUGCCCACCCUGCAGUCUUCAUCCUCACUCAGCUGCUGCCUCUGGAGGUGCCUUUGGCCACAUGUGCUGUGCUGUUUGUCUCCUCGACAGGGAGCCUGUCCACCAGCAGGCUGCGGUCCCAGCGGGUGCGUCUGCAGCUCCUCCCCUUGGGCAGCCUGGUUCUCCCAGAGGACCUUUCCCUGGGGCCCUGCUUCGUGACGAUGCUGCCUGUGUCGCCCUCUACCAUCUGUAAACAACUGGGUGCCUUCCCCGACCGCACCCCAAUGCCUUCCCAGCUUGGAAGCCAAGGCAGCUGAUGAAGGGAGCUCAGGAGAGCUGUCUUCAGCUGGGCUGGGGUUGGGGCUGCUGUGAGGAAAACCCGCCAUUGUGGCCCUGGAGAGUCACCAGCAGCUCUUGGGAAGGACUUGCUGGGAGGCUGAGAGAGGCUUUGGGCACAGCCUGCUGUGUUUUCCAUUUCCUAAAGUUUACUUCAUUGCCUUGAGGCUUCCAGGUUUUGUUUUUGUUUUUGUUUUUGCCAAAGUAGAAAAGGCAGGUGGUGGGCGGCUGGCGGGGAGUGCGGCUCCCCGCCCCUCUUCAGUCCUGCCCUCCCCUCCUCGGUCCUGCCCACCCCGUGCAGCCCAUGCUGAGGCUGCAGUGGUGUUGUGGGUGUUAUGUGCAGGAACGUGGAGACCCUGACGUGGGCUCACUGCGUUUGGUUUUCUUUUCAGAACUUGGGAGCCCCCAGGGAGGGGCUAGUGUUGGUAGGUCCUAGACGUGGUUCCCUCCAGCCUCCGCAAAAUCAACCCUGGUGUUGAGAGAACGUCUUUCUGUCCAUCGUGGGUAACAGCCUUGGGGAGGGUGCAGAGCUCUGCAGAGCCAUGGGCCAGGUGGGGCUGCCUCAGUCCUGUCCCCUUGGGCACUGAGGAGAGGGGCCCAUUCACCUUUCUCCUAGAAUGCUGUUGUAAAUAAACAAAUGGAUCCCUGGAAA